GUUCGCUUCCGCUCCCGUCAGAUCGGAUCCCUUGACGAGUCCUCUCGCCUCCCUCGCCAAUCGCCAUGGCGGCGCUACUGCUGCGUAGGCUCGCCGGGGCCCACCGCGGCCGCGUCCCGCUGGGGGCCGCCGCCGCCGCCGCCUGUGGUGGAGCCGCGCUCUUCUACGCCUCGUCUUCCCCUACCGUUGCGCACCUGGAGAAGGGCGAGGAAGCCGGUGAGAAAGUUGCACUUAACCCUGAUAAGUGGUUGGAGUUCAAACUCCAAGAGAAGGCGAAAGUUAGCCACAACUCACAGUUAUUCAGAUUUUCAUUUGACCCAAAUACUAAGCUGGGCCUCGAUGUUGCCUCGUGUCUCAUCACAAGGGCUCCUAUUGGUGAGGAAGUGGAGGGAAGAAGAAAAUAUGUUAUUCGCCCGUACACGCCUAUCUCUGAUCCAGAUUCUAAAGGAUAUUUUGACCUACUGAUCAAGGUUUAUCCUGAUGGGAAAAUGAGCCAGUACUUUGCAAGUUUGAAGCCAGGAGAUGUUGUUGAAGUCAAAGGGCCCAUUGAGAAGCUCAGAUAUAGCCCGAACAUGAAAAAACAGAUUGGCAUGAUUGCUGGUGGUACUGGUAUAACACCAAUGCUGCAGGUUGUCAGGGCUAUCCUAAAAAAUCCUGAUGACAAAACUCAGGUCUCCUUAAUUUAUGCCAACGUGUCGCCAGAUGAUAUCUUACUCAAAAGGGAAUUGGAUAGACUUGCCAGUAGCUAUCCUAACUUCAAGGUUUAUAUCGCCAUGAUUAGUUCAUCAGAACCUGGGUUAUUUUUUUCCUUGAGCAUGACAUUAUCCUUGCAAAAUCAGGUGUUCUAUACAGUUGAUAAGCCAUCAGCUGACUGGAGGGGUGGUGUUGGUUUUGUAUCGAAGGACAUGAUUUUGAAAGGUUUGCCAGGCCCAGGGGAGGAUUCGCUGAUCCUUGUUUGUGGUCCACCAGGAAUGAUGAAUCACAUCUCUGGGGACAAGGCAAAGGAUAGAUCUCAGGGCGAGGUCUCUGGCCGUCUGAAAGAUUUAGGAUACACGGCAGAGAUGGUAUACAAGUUCUGAGAGUACAGUAGAUUCUACUGACAUACCUGCUGCUCUUGCAGUGAAUAAAACACACCUGAACCUUUUGUUUCGCGCGUCAUUUGGUUCAGAACUUGCCUCCUUUGAAUAAUGUUCGUCCGAGGAUUCUAUAGGUUUUGAGCUAUGCGUUAUUUCUGCGGUUGGCGUGUCCCUGUUUGCGCCUGCAUGCGAUGUUUACGAAACAGGAACCUGUACUCUGUUUGGCAGUUUCAGAUACAUCUACCCAGUUCUGUUACUCGACAGUUGCUUC